GGCCGUCUCUAUCAUUCUAACAAUUGGGCAGCAUCGGCAGUUCAGAAUCAGCAUCAGCCAUCAGUCUAGAAUCAGCAUCUGCACUCCAAGCUUUAGAACCAAAAAUAUUCUUUGUCUCCACGUAUCGCUCUUUUCUUCGUUAUCUCAAAUCCUGUCUGACUGGUGAAAGAUGAAUUUGGAGAUUUGACUGUUUGGGGCAAUUUUUCUGUUAUUUCGAAAAAAAGAAGUCCAUAAUGGACACCAAGUUGCCUCGUACAAAAUUAUCAGUGUACCUGUACAUUCCCAAUAUCAUAGGAUACAUAAGAAUACUCAUGAACUGCCUUGCCUUUGCCGUAUGCUUUUCCAACAAAAAGUUAUUUUCCAUUCUAUACCUAAUCAGCUUUGUUUGUGAUGCCUUGGAUGGCUACUUUGCCCGCAAGCUCAAUCAAGUUUCAACCUUUGGUGCUGUUUUGGACAUGGUGACAGACAGGAUUAGCACUGCUUGUCUUCUUGUCAUCCUCUCUCAAGUUUAUAGGCCUGGAUUGAUCUUUUUGUCAUUGCUUGCCUUAGAUAUUGCCAGCCAUUGGCUGCAAAUGUACAGCACCUUUUUGUUUGGUAGGGCUAGUCAUAAAGAUGUAAAAGACAGCACAAAUUGGCUUUUUAAGGCUUACUAUGGGAACAGGAUAUUUAUGGCUUACUGUUGUGUGUCAUGCGAGGUUCUUUACAUUGUUCUAUUUCUUGUUGCAAAAAAUCAAACAGACGGUGUGAUUGACGUUUUAGUAUAUACUGCAAAACAGAAUUCACUCCUGUCUCUUUUAGUUGCUUUAGCUUUGUUUGGCUGGGCAAUCAAGCAAGCAAUCAACAUAAUUCAGACUAUAUGCAAAUCCUCUCUUCAUUCCAGAUGAAGACUGCAGCAGAUCUAUGCGUGCUUUAUGACAUCAACAAGAAGCAGCGGCCCUGAAUUUCAUAAACUCAUAUUUUUCUGUGGUUGAGGUAGUAACCUCUGUAUAUACUUGAAACCCAACUUAUUGUUCUCGAGCUUUUAUGUAAAAGUGGCAUUUUUUAUUCAAAUUUCCUCUCAUCUUUUGAAA